AUAAAUAUCCUUGUGUAUUCAUUGAAGAGCAGCAUUGCUUUUCUCAGUGAAUCCCUGAGUCAAGAUGAUUAAAACUGUGAUUAUUGGGUGCCUUUGUGCAUUAAUCGUUGUUGAAGCUCAACAUGAAGGUCCCCCCCACAAACCUCCCGGUCCUCCAGGCAGUCAUGGACCUUCAACGCAGUUGAAUCGAAUCGCUCGUCAAGCACCACCUGGCGAUAACGGCCCAAUCCCUCAAGGAAUGAACGGUGGAAUGGGUCCAGGAAAUUUGGGAAUGCAAGGGCUUGGCAACAUUCCAGAUCCAACUGUAUGGAUUGCCAAAGGACAGGAAAUUGCCAGUCAAUUCGCUAAAGGCCGUCGUCGUCGUCAAAUACCUGCGCCAAAAAUGCCAGAUGGGAUGCCACCAAUGCCACCAAUGCCGAAAAUGAACUACUGAGAGCACCUGGAAUAUCAAUUUCUUACAUUGAAAAUUAUACUCACUGCUUACACUUACACUUGGAGAUUCCCGCAAAUUACAAUAUCUUGAUGCAGAUAAUAAAUGAAGUAAUUGAAUAGAAUAGAGAAAUAAACUACUGAGGAGAUAUCAA